AUGUGUUUUUCUGCAGGAUUUAUCUCCAACCUGACCAUUCAAAGGCAGCACUUCCCGUCAGAUGAGGACCAGACUGGAGCUGCCAAAGCUCUUCUCCGACUGCAGGACACUUACAGACUGGAUUCUAACACUAUCUCCACCGGAAAUCUACCUGGAGCGACGUACAAGAGCCGCAUGACAGCAGAAGACUGCUAUGAGCUUGGUAAAAUUGCCUACACUGAGGUAGACUACUACCACACAGAGCUGUGGAUGGAGCAGGCUCUCCGACAGUUGGAGGAGGGAGAAGACUCCACUCUGGAUAAAGUCACUGUCCUCGACUAUCUCAGUUAUGCCAUCUACCAGCAGGGGGACAUGGAGAGGGCCCUUGAGUACACCAAAAAGUUGCUCGACUUAGACCCGGAACACAAGCGUGCCCAAGAGAGAAAGAAGUAUGAGAUGCUCUGUCGAGGGGAGGGGAUUAAAAUGACCCCACGCAGGCAGAGUCGACUCUUCUGCCGUUACUAUGACAACAAUCAUCAUCCCAAACUUUUGCUGGCCCCGGUCAAACAGCAAGAUGAGUGGGACAGGCCCUACAUUGUGCGCUACCUCGACAUCAUCACUGAUGAAGAAGUUGCCAAAGUCAAGAAGCUUGCACUGCCAAGGCUGCGUCGUGCCACCAUCUCCAACCCAGUCACAGGCAUUCUGGAGACUGCUCAUUAUCGAAUCAGCAAAAGACGAGCCACGGUGCAUGACCCUCAAACUGGGAAACUUACCACAGCCCAGUACAGAGUCUCCAAGAGUGCUUGGCUUACAAGUUAUGAUGAUCCAGUUGUGGAGAUAAUCAAUGAACGAAUUGAGGACAUCACAGGUCUGGAAAUGGACACCGCAGAGGAGCUCCAGGUUGCAAACUAUGGCGUGGGUGGACAGUAUGAACCUCAUUUUGACUUUGGAAGGAAAGAUGAGCCAGAUGCCUUCAAAGAGCUGGGCACCGGGAACCGCAUAGCAACAUGGCUUUUCUAUAUGAGUGAUGUUUUAGCUGGAGGAGCCACAGUUUUUCCAGAUAUUGGGGCUUCAAUCUGGCCUCAAAAGAAUAGUGCAGUAUUCUGGUACAACCUGUUUGCUAGUGGUGAAGGAGACUACAGCACCCGGCAUGCAGCAUGUCCUGUUCUCGUGGGCAACAAAUGGGUAUCAAACAAAUGGAUACAUGAAAGGGGUCAGGAGUGGCGGCGACCUUGUGGCCUGAAUGAAUCGGAGUGA